UUAAAAUAUAUGAUAUAAAUAUUAUUAUAUUUUAUUACUUCUACAGAGAAGAAAAACUUAACGACUCGACACAACUGCAAAUUAAGAUAUUAGCCCUGGUAUUAAAAGAACAUGGCGGAACAGACGGAUAAGAUAAACUGUAGUAUAUGUUUAAACGACUUCACAGAACCUAAAACUAUUGAAUGUGGACAUGGAUUUUGUUUGAAAUGUUUGGAGGAUUAUAUUACUAAAGUUGGUAAAGAUAACAGGUUCCCGUGUCCGUUAUGUCGCCAGGAUGUCACUAUUCCGGUUGGUGGCAUUAAAAACCUUUCUUCCACCACGGAAAUUGAAUCCAUUAAACGCACAACGACGAAAUGUGACGUAUGUAAGAGAAAGGUCGAAUCAAAGUUCAAUUGCUUGGACUGUAAGAAAUGUUUUUGUUUGUCCUGUAAAACCCCACACGAUUCUUUUUUCUCGGAUCAUCAUGUCUCAGAUCUAGCUCAUAGCAGAAAUACGACUAAACGACACCCAUCAAUUUGUAAUCACCAUACACUGGAGAAGUUGGAAUUUUAUUGUAAAGAUUGUUGUCAGACUAUUUGUAAUGAAUGUCAAAUAUCAGAUCACAAAGGUCACGACACAAUGGAAAUGAACGCGUACGGAAAUGAAGUAAGGAUAGAAAUGGAAAAUUUGAAAACACAAUUUCAACAGAAAAUAGCAGAACUGGAGAAAUAUGUUGAUGAUACCAACAAGAAGAUAUUCGAUAUGAAUGCGUCUGCUGUCACAUCUUCUGCAAAGAUUGACCAGCAAGUAAAAGCUAUAUGUGAGGCUGUCACAACAAAGGGUCGCGAAUUUAAACUACGUAUGCAAAGAGCACUGCAAAAAGAGGAACACAAGAUGAAGAGGGUUGUGGAAUCGACAAAUAAUUUUAUUGACCAACUGAAGGAGUCCAUGUACAAUAUAAAUGUCAUUUUGAAAGGUGAUUCAAUGUAUGGCGUAUUAGAUCUGCUGCCAAGUAUUAGAUGCCAACAAGAGGACAAUGAGGCACAUAAAUUAACCAUGAUAUAUGACGUCUACAGCACAUUCAACACUGGAAACAUGGACACUGCAACUCUUAACAGUAUGAUAGGGAAUUUAGAAAUAGUUGGGCAAGCGGCCAUUACCAAUACAUUUAAAUAUUAUAGCCAAACAAAUCAUAUUGCCAGGUAUAGUCCCGUGUAUGGGGUUGAAGAUGAGUUGUGGUAUAUCCGAGCCUCGCGAAAAAAGUACACGAUAAACCAGCUAAAUGUGACAUAUUCUAUUGACUAUGUAGAUGUUGGCAUGGUACUAUGUGGAGCCAAAGCCCAGCCAACUAACACUGUGGUUACCAUGGAACUAAUAAGUAAUAAUGCCACAAGCAACAUAGUAUCUAAAACCCUUCCACUGACACGUGAACCUUUGGCCACAGUAUUCGACUGGCAAAAGGUUUGUCAAUGUGAUGAAAUGAAAUCAUUUAUAAGCAAUGAUACUUUCACAGUCAAGGGAACAAUUUCGAAAAUAAACAUUAUGAAAUAAUUCGUCAUCUAUAAAUAUAUCUUGCAUACUAAUUUGGUAGUUCAGUUCACAUUGCUUUGCUUUUAAUAUUUCAAGUUUUAAAUCUGGUAGGGGUAAUUUGGCAUCACAAAGCAUAGCAUGCAUUACAUAUAGUUAGAACUGAGAACAUUUCCUAUGUAUAUUAUAUGUCUUAAUCAACAAACACAACGUAUUGCAGUCAUAUAUAGAUACCCUUUCGUUGACGACCACGUUCCUAGCUACCCACUGAUAGCGUUAUAGACUCUUUGUCAUACGAAACAAGGAGGAUAUUCCCUAGAGCAGGGAUAGGCGCUAAUUCCACCACAGGAUCCACCAUCAAACAAUAACUAAAAGCUAACUGGGAGAAUCCUACAUCAAAUCGUUCACCAUUAACAGGUUGUAUAUAUAAGUUGAUUUGUUCCGGCAAUGACCAAUGUACAGGGGAAACCAAUAGAGCUUUAGACACAAGAACCAUAGAACACCAACCCCUAUCAACAGAAAACCAAUCUGCAACCAAUCGUUGAGCACGUGAAGUCCCUAACAACGACCAAUACGUGAAGAAUACCAGAAAAAAUUAUGGAAAGCAUUCCGAUCAGAGGACACAAAAUGGGAUCUAGCCUAUGAGUAUACAAUCGGACCAUUAAGCCUUGUUUCUAUUAAUCAUAUUUAGAUAACUUGUCUGCAAUAUCAUAAUCGAUGGAAGCAGACGUUAAAAACUAGUAGAAGGGAGAAGAUUCUCUCUACUCACUUGUGCCUUCAACUAAGAAAAUGGAAGCGAUUAGGACUCUAAAUCGUUUACCCAUCUCCAACCUAUGCGAGACGAACCUCCACUCUCACAAGUUUCCCAGGAAACACUUGUGUGCGAUAUCACCCUAGGUGGAAGCGCGCGUUAAGCCCCACUGACUGGGAGAAGAUAAUGGUUAUCUGCGAUAUCACCCUAGGUGCAAGCGACCAUAAAGCCCUAGAAGAAGAUGAUCCGGGCCACUUUUCUCACAAUACCGUGUUUUAAGGUGACGUUUUUACACAUACGGACUAACAUAUGGUUUAAUUUUAUUUACAUAAUUCGCUUGCGCGUAGGGGUCUUUAGCAGUGGGAGGAAACCGGAGGACCCGGAGAAAACCCAGGUUGGACAGGCGACCCUACUCCUUGCCACGUACAACCGGGGAUUCGAAACCACGCCAGUCGACUCAAUGACAGACUUUCUGAUACAGCGCGCGCGCACGCUAACCAUUCAGCCAUCCACCCCCCACCCCCUUCAUAUGUUAGCAAUCUUAAUUAAAAUCAAUCUGUCCAUAAUAUCUAAAAUAGUGUAGUGGAUGUCAAUAUUGUAAUAAAUAAACAACAACAACCUAUAUAAUUAGUGUGUUACUCUUCAACUAAUAAAUAACAU